CAAAACUCGGGUGAUGCAUGGUGAUUGUGACGACUGUUGAAAGUGGAGGCGAAAUGCCCCACCGCGCCAAGAUUUCAAUCGCGCACUAAACCUCCAAAAUUCAAACCUCAAACCAACAACCCCACUACGCUCCACACCCCUCGAAACUCUCAAUCGAUAGUACCAACACCAAAUCGAAAAAAAUCAUGGCGCCGUCUUUUCAGCUUUCAUCGCUCAUAGCUUCGCUCCCGGAUUCCGAGGGCGGCGCAUGGGGGCCCCCAGCUUCCACCGACUCCUCGCUGAACGAAGUGCCGUACGCACCAUACUCCAAGGGCGACAAACUCGGCCGCAUGGCCGACUGGACACAGGACAGUGGCAAGGACAACCGCGAGGGCGGGCGGGGAGGCCGGCAGGGCUACAACCGCAACUACAGAGAUCAGCAAAUCUACGGUGCAGGUACUUCGAGCUUGUUCUCGUACCAGCAUGCGGAGGACGAGGCGUCGUUCUCCGUCGUUGAUAAUACUCGCACGUCGACCAAGCCGAGAAUGGGCUUUGGCCGUGGCGGCGGUACGAUCUUCCGUGGAAGGGGUGCGAGGGGUGCGGCUACUGGUGGUGGCCGUGGCGGGGCUGCUCCGGGUGGUCGUGGCGGCUUCCAGCGCGCACAGACUGGGCGUGGUGGAUUUGAUGCUCGCGGUGGCCGUGGUGGUGGCCGUGGAGGUCGCCGUUUCGGUUGGAAGGAUUGGGAUAAGCCGCAGCGUAACCGGGAUGCGUCUGUCAUGAUCAAGUCCGAGUGGAAGAUGCUUGAGGAGAUCGACUUCAACAGGCUGGCGAAGCUGAACUUGGAGACCGACGAUGGCGAGGAUAUUGGUAGCUACGGUUUCCUCCACUACUACGAUCGCGCCAACGAGAAGGCUGCCGGAAGCAAGACUGCCGAGCGGAGACUGGCUGUCCAGGAUAGGCUGUUCUUCAACCCGACUGCCAGUGAUGACCCCGUCAUCCAGGAGCUGGCCCAAAAGGAUGAAGCCACCAUCUUCGCUACCGAGUCCGUUCUGUCGAUGCUCAUGUGUGCACCCCGCUCGGUGUACCCCUGGGACAUCGUCAUCGUGCGUGCGGGCAACAAGAUCUUCCUCGACAAGCGUGAAGGGUCGCAGAUCGACUACGUAUCCGUCAACGAGAACGCCACCGAUCCGCCGUUGGAUGUGUCCGAGGGCAACAAGGAGGCCAUGAACGCACCGCAGGCCCUGUCGCUCGAGGCCACCUUCAUCAACCAGAACUUCGCCAUCCAGACCGUGAACGAGAGCGCCGGCAAAUUCGAGUUCCCGCAGCCCAACCCCUUCUACAACCCCGAGGAGGACACCGAGCCCCUCGGCAGCAGGGCCUACAAGUACAGGAGAUUCGACCUGAGUCUGAAUGAGGAGGAGCCCAUGCACCUAAUCGUCCGGACGGAGUUGGAUGCUGUCGCCAAGGCCGGCGGAGGCGAGCAGUUCAUGACCAUCAAGGCUUUGAACGAGUACGAUGACCGUGCGGCCGGUGCCGGUGCGGCCCUCAACUGGCGGCAGAAGCUGAGCUCGCAGCUCGGAGCUGUGGUCGCCACCGAGAUGAAGAACAACUCUUGCAAGCUCGCCAGGUGGACAACACAGAGCAUUCUGGCCAACGCGAACCAGAUGAAGAUCGGAUUCGUGUCCCGCGCCACACCAAAGGACAACAACCGCCACGUCAUCCUCGGCGUCGUAUCCUUCAAGCCUCGCGACUUCGCCUCGCAGAUGAACCUGAACCUGAACAACGGCUGGGGCAUCGUCCGCACCAUCGUCGACAUGUGCAUGCAGAUGCCCGAGGGCAAGUACGUGCUCGUCAAGGACCCCAACAAGCCCGUCCUGCGACUGUACGAGGUCCCGCCCACCGCUUUCGACGAGGAUGAGGAGGAGGUUGUCGCUCCCGAGCAGUCGUAAACAAAAAAUGAGCUCUGAUUUGCUUUUUACCCUGUCUUGUGCUUGUAGCUUUCGGCUUGUGUUAUUUUUUCAUAAUUGGGCAUUUGGGAUUUCCGUUCAGAGAAUUGCUUGGCUGGAUUGUUGGGCGCGAGAUUGUAGAUUCCAAAAAGUGUUGCUUGGAAUGGAUAUGACGAACAAACGCUUCCUUUGUGACUUGACUUGUAACUAUGGGAUAUCACUCGCACCAGUAAACUUCCGGACAAACACCAACUAUUUGGCUCUCGU